GGCGAAUCUUUGAUUCUGCUGGCCAUCUGUGCGACGCGCUCGCUCGCGGCAACCCACGCUUGUGACCGUGUCUGCCCAGCUGCACGCCGGUUUGCGAUUGGUGUCUUGCGCCUGCGCCAGAAACCAUCUGCGAUGACUGGGAAGAUGAUCCCCGAUGUGCUUCCGCCCAGCGCCCUCCAUAUAGCCCACGCAGUCGCUGCCGGCACCAUGGUGCGCCUUUGCGAUCGCAGUCCCUGGUGCCCAUCAGCCCUUCAUUCCAGCGUCUCGACGACCUCCGGCUCCACCAGACACGAGUACAUGGCGUGUACGUGAUGCCCAUGCUGGACACACUCAACUCCGGUUUUGACUACUUCACCAUCCUCCCAAGUCGAUUGGCAAACGAGACACCACUACUUUGCUCGCCGUUGGCCAUACCAGACGGCCUCACAACUCCCUCGGCAGAACAUCCCCUACUGGCUUUUAGGCCCCCGACCCAUCCACCACUACUCUCGCCCAACAUGGCCUCCAACUUGAUGUCUGUCCAAACCACGGCCGCGCACGCACAAUCACCUACUCGGCCACGUCCUGUUCCCAUGCAGCAGAACGUUCUCUGGACCAGCAGCAAUGACUCCAGCAGCUCCAGCGACAGCAGCUCCAGCGACAGCAGCUCAGACAGCACCUCACAGAUUCCCGUGACAGCCCGCUGCUCAAGAUGCCAGCGCACACCGAGCGUGGACAUUCACACAGGCAAGAGCAACAUGAUCUCCUACGGACUCAAUCUCUGGUACUGCAAUCGAUGCGCUGCUCUGGUCGGCUUCAAGCGCUGAGCAAAGAAACGAAACGCCAGACGAUCAACAAAGACUUCUGGUGAUUGAUCACUACCUCCCACAACGCCAUAUAAGAUGGACAGAACUAGUUCCACCAGCAUCAACACCAACGGACUGUGUUUACAAGAAGCCUCCGAUCCACAAACAAAUUACACUCGGAAUAGGCACGAGAGUAUCAGUGCCGCCAAGACGAACAUGUAAUCCAUGUCGACUGAGCUCAAACCAAGAUGAUGCAAUGAAGUGGAGACCAUAGCCUUGCGGAGCCGAGAUUUGCCUGACGGUGUGCAACCCACGGUGGUACAAAAUUCGAAUGCGACCCUCCAGGCGCGUAGGCGACGCUUUUCUGACGACAGAUAUGAUAAGACGGGAAACAGAGACGACGAAGAUGUGUACAUUAUUAUGAUGUGACGAGCAAAACGAGACAUGGUUUCAUGUGUGUAUAUUACGUUUUCACAACAAUCACAUACUGCGAGGCUCUCCUUACUGCCAGUGCUCACUGAGCUGAGGCAAUUUGGCCCUUCAACGUGAAUGUUGUUGCUUUCUUGCAUUGUUUAUGCCCCCGAGGAUGAUUGGGAAGUGGGGUAAACAUUGAACCUCCGAUUUAUCUUUCCAUCAAUGCCAAAAAUUGGCUUAAUGCUUUCCAGCUCAGUGAUGUACCUCGGAUGAAGUCGAUGACAGUUCACAUCACACAGAUCUCCU